GUUGCUAUAGAGACGCCGUAGCCGACAAACUUUAGCAUGUUCUUGGCGGCGCUUUCUUCUCUCCAGUGGAAUAAAAAGCACUCGUUUGUCACUGUGUGCCGCUUGUCGUCGAAGCCAUGUUAGCAGAGGCUCGGGGUCCUGACCCUCUGAUGUCAGUAGAUCCAUGGAAGACCCCCACCCAUGGAAAGGAUAUCAAAGAUCCAGGAAUUCACCACAGGCAACGUGGUGGGAAGCACCAACGGCAGGCAUCUAGCCAAAGAAGCUGCUUCAUGGGUUUGGAAACUAGGCCAGAGCUGGUCUGGGAGGACUGGAACCUGGGAGGAGAGUUCACCAAGACUUUGGUGUUGAAGAACAUUCAUAAAAAGCUGCAAAAGCUACACAUAAGACCUCCAGCAUCCAAGUUUUUUUCUGCCUCGAUAACUGAGAUAGUUGUUCUCAGUCCAGGGACUUCUUUCUCAAUACCAGUCACUUUUAAACCGCACCAAAGGGGUGAGUAUGAGGACAGCAUUGAGUUUCUAGGUAAAGAGGGCAGCUUUCAGAUAUGCCUCCGUGCCAUCAUUCCUUGUCAUGUCCUGGAGGUGCCUGACUCUGUGAUGCUCCCACUCUGUGCAGUCCAACACUCGUCACGUACUAAUUUCCUGUUGAAAAAUGCCAGUAAACUCCAGACAAGCUUCCAAUUUGAGUGUAGUGCGCCAUUCCAGUUGAACCCAAAGCAAGGCCUGUUGAAACCCGGCCAGGAGUGUCACAUCACAGUGAUCUUCCAGCCACAAGAGGCGCUGGUGUACCAGCAGCAUGCUUACUGCUGGUUUGGAGAAGGGGACAAGGCUGAAAACUGCUGCACUGUGCUUCUGCAGGCACUAGCCAAAUACCCAUGUCUUCAGUUGAAAAAUCCCAGUAGCCAGGAGGAAGAAAAACGUGGUGAUCCGGUGCUGCAGUUUGGUUCUGUGGUAAUUGGCCAAUGUUUGCGGAAACACUUUGACAUCUUUAACCCCUCCCCGGUAACUGCGUCUUUCUCUCUGUCACCACUGUCAGGCGGCAUACCUUUGUUUGGAUCAGCAUUCAGCUGUGAUAUCACCAAGGGUAAUGUGGCACCUGGUGGAUCUCUACGAGCUACAGUGACUUAUUCUCCUGCUACAGUGAAUACUGUCUCUGUUGAGUAUUUGACUCUAAAAUGUAGGGGGGCACUCAAUGAACCUCUGCUCAAACUCACUGGAAAUUGCAUUGGUCCCAAAGUUUCCUUGUCCUCCUCUGUGGUGAACUUUGGAUGUGUUGAGGAAGGAGGAUCAGUUGUACAGACAGUCAAGCUGGUUAAUUCUUCCCCUGUUGAGGCUAUCUACAAAUGGGAUAUUGACUGUAAUGGAAACAGUGUGUUUAGUAUCCUACCAGCAAGUGGCACUUUGCUUCCACAGAGCUACACCACACUAAAGGCAGUCUACAGUCCGACAUAUCCUAUCACACAUCACAGGAGAGUGGCAUGUGUCAUACUGCAUAGGGACCCGGUGUUUCUAGACCUGACUGGAACCUGUCACUCAAAGCUCCAGAAACCAGUCAUACUCACACCUGAACACUUGGUUGACUCGGCCCGCAGACAGCUCUCACCAGACACUCUCAAUGCUGUGCAGCAAGAUCAUAACGCACAGUUGGACCAGCAGGGAGUGCACUCCUCCAUGGAGGAGGUAAAUCAAAGACUGGGCAGUGCUGCUGUCAUGCCGACCCCGGAUCCUGUCUGUUCAAGUUCUUCCAUAUCAUCCCUACAUGUAUCUGUGGUGCCAAAUGAACUGGUAUUUAAUCACAAAAUGUCAUCCUCUGUGUUGACUUCAUGUGCUUCCUCUCAGUCUGUCUCCAUCACGAACCACACCAGAGGAAAAGUCAGCCUCGUGUGGACUGUUGCCCAGGAUUCUCCAUUCUCCAUCUCUCCCUCAUUGUGUGAUCUGGCUCCACUGAAGUCCACGUCAUUUAGAGUGACGUAUGACCCAAAGCAGCUCAAUACCUUGCAUGGAGCAGAGCUUGAGUGCUUUGCAGACUAUAAGGACAGUCAUGAUGUAGGGGAGCAACUGGUGUGUCCACCCUGGUGUGUGACUGUCAGAGUCAUUGGCCACUCCUUUCAGCCAGGCAAAGGUCACUACAUCCCAUGCUGCUCGCUGAAGCCCCCUCAAGUGGUUUUUCCAGCCCUGAGUGUUAUUUCCAAUCGGACAGUGCUUUUUCAGAAUGAUGGAGACUUGCCCUUCACUUUUUGUCUGGACCACAGCUCAAUCCCUGCUGGGACAGAAUCCUUGUUUGUAGAGCCCAGUUGUGGUUUGAUCCAGCCGAGGGAUUACCAAAUCCUCACCCUCAGAACAACUCCGACAGAAGACAGUCCCAAACAGGGGUUUAACUUGCGCCUGCAGCUCAAUGCAGCUAAGCUCACAAGGGAAAUUACUGUCGUGAGUGUGGUGGAAAAGCCAUGUAUGUCUCUGGAAGGAGGCAACAGUUUAUAUUUCCAGCCAACAGCUGUGGGCUCACAAACCCGGCGCACUCAUCACAUCAGGAACCUCAGCCGCGUACCUAUACGGUUCCAGUGGAGCAUUCCAGAGCCAGACCAGGAGCUUAUCUUUGUUGAACCAGAUGGUGGCGAACUGCAUCCCAAUGAGAGCUCAAUCCAGACAUGGUCCUUCAGUCCACUAUCAGAGAAAACAUACACCCUCAACCUUACUCUCAUCUUCUGGCCAGUGCAGACUGAUAGAUCUAACAAGUCACACCUUACCCUUAAAGUUGUGGGAGUGGGUUCCAAGGGUUCCAUAGAGGCAGAGAAAGCAGUCCUGGAUAUUGGGGAGAUUCUGGUUGGCAGCUGCCGCUCAUUUGAGAUUCCUCUAGUGAACAACAGCCUAUGCCCUGUCACAUUUUGUCUCACUGUACAGCAGAUACUUCUGGAUGAUGGACUUGCAUAUGACCCUGAAACUGAGCAAAGUGCCCUACAGCUGGACUAUAAGGAGGGAACCAUCUCUUCGCACUCCACAGUUCAGCUCCAAUCCAUCGUCAGACCCCACAGACGAGCCCAGUACCUCUGGAACAUCAGCUACCACACAAUAAAUGCCAGUGGUUUUGUGUCGUCCCCUCCCCAGACACUGUGCGAAGUGCGAGCUAAAGGUGUGUUUCCUACCCUGCAGGUGAUUGAUGCCUGUAGUGGUGGCAGUGUGGGAACCCUCAGCAAGAUGCAUCUGUGGAAAUUCUUCUCAUUGGACAGCCUCAAUGAGCAUUUGCUCUCUAACCCGUCUCCUGCAGAACUCACAUUUAGAACCCCCGCCAGGCACAGUUUCCACAGUACUCCUUCCAUCUUCACUAAAGCUAUCCUGGAUUUCAACUUUAGCUCUGCUCCCAUAAAUUCAGACGCCUCAAAUUUUGUCCUGAUGUUUUACAACCCUGGUUCCAUCCCUGUGGACUGGGCAUUCUUGUUUCCAGAGGACCAACAGGUAGAGUUGGCGUACUGGGCAGUGACAGGGGAGUUCAGCAGCACAGAGCUGCACCAAAUGAAGGUGCAGGACAACCAACUGUUCAACAUUUCCCCUCGUUCUGGAAAUUUGCUCCCUGGCCAGAAGAGGGCAGUACACUUCAGCUACAGUCAUGACAUUGUUGGGACUCAUCAGUUACCUGUCGUGCUCAAACUCUCUUAUGGCAGAGAGAUCUUGCUGAACCUCCAAGGGGUGACGGUGGAGAGAGAUACACCAUAUCUCCACUUUGCCUCCAAUCAGUAUAAAUUCACUUCUGUCAAUAUCGGUUACAACAGUCCUCCCAGGCAGGUGUAUGAGUUACGUAAUGGCGGUGCAGUCCCAGUCCGUUAUCAAGUGGACAUGGCUGCAUUGUCACAGCUUCAGGCAGACAACUUUAACCAUCCAGUGCUCUGCUGCUUCAAUCCAGAGGGAGAAGUCCUUCCUGGGAAGACAACCAAGCUGGAAUGGAUCUUCUCACCACUUGAGGCUAAGACUUACCAUAUGGAUGUUCCAAUCCGCAUCCAGGAAAGGGACUUGACACUGGUGAGAUUUGAGGGAUGCGGCCGUGAUAUUCUGACAUCGGGUUCUUCAAACCCAUUGGCAAGCAGUGAUCAUAAGCUUUCUGUACCAUGCGUCCAGAGGGUGCCCUUCCCAGGACAGGUAUUAUUCCUGUCUGAAGACAGUGUCUUUCUUGGUGACAUCCCUGUGUGCUCACAAUCUUCAAGAAUCCUAUUCCUCACCAAUGUGUCCCACACAGACAUUGCCCACUAUACAUGGGAGCUGCCCCAGCAGAGCACCCAACAGGUGGUGCAGAUCCAUCCAGAGCGAGGCUGUCUUUGUCCAGGGGAGUGUGUCCUUUGCGUCCUUACCUUCACUGCUACGGACUACCCCACCGUUUAUAAGCUCGAUCUCGUCUGCCAGGUUACUCAGGAAGCUGCACUCAUUCGGUAUCACGAUGCUUUGCAGUGCUGGGAAGAAGAGAAAGAGAGGCAGCGAGAUGAAUUCACAAUCACAGACAAAAAUGUUCCAGAAAGCCAAAGAAUUUUAAUAGACCAGGAACCUCUUGCAGCUCCUGCAAGGAAAGGGCCACCACUGAGGAAAUACAAGACUCUUCCUCCUAUCUGUGCCAGUGGUGGCUUUGAAACAAUGAGCAGUAUCUGUACCAAACUAACAAAAGCUGAGCGGCGGAUGCAGCGAGAAACAUCGAAAGUGUGGAGGCGCCCUCGACCACCCCAACCUGCUCUGCUGCAUCUGGAGGUUACAGCUCACUCCCAUGGGCUUCUGGAGUACUCCACACACUUUCCUGACCAGUUCAAUAAGCGUUCUAGAUACCUUCAGUCAGUUAAGAAGCAGCUACCUGAAAACAUCUCUUUAAGCACAUCUCUCCCUGCUGGACCGUCCACACAAACACAUUGCCCUGAGAAAGACAUCCUUGUGCACAUACUAACCUCUUUGCUAAGGAACAUACUUGAUGAGUCAACCUUUGUUCAGUCUCUGAUUCCUUUGGCCUCUAAGCUCAACACCCACCAGCACACACAAACCUUUUCCUCUCAUUGCCCAUCAAUUCCACCUUCACCCUGCCCCCCUAUGUGUUCUACUGCUUCUUCUUCUCCUCCUGCCACACCCCAACCUCAAGUUCUGUUGAGUGAAGCAGCUGACAUGCAGGGGACUGCAGGAGGUUCGGGAAACAGGCCUGAAAAACAGCAGACACUACAGGCUGAACACGUACCUGCCGACAUGGUCGAAGAUGUUUUAUUGAACACCCUCCAGAACCUGAUGAUGGAAGCUGUCAGAGGAGAGCUUGUCCUUACAGCACCCUCCUGCACCAUUAUCUCUCCACUUGCAUCUACCAGUUGUUUUUCAGGACGACCAGAGGAAGCACCAACUGAGGAGUUGAUGUCUCUAUCUCCAUCAGAAGGCCAGAAAACUACAUCUUCAUCAAUAGAACUCAGAUCUCCUUCAUAAACAGCUGGGUUUUCACGGCUGGAGCUGUCUCCUUUUGGAUGCAUCUGGAUUUGGAAACAGAGUAAGACCAAGUGAUCAGCUCUCACCUCUCAGUGACUGAGUAAUACCUGCUACUGAUUCACUUCAUCCUCAAACAACACAGCAGAAAAUACUUACAUUGGCCAGGUCUUCCAGAGAGCUGGACAGCUCACUGGAACUAUGAUCUAGUUGAUCAAAAUAGGGGGAAACUGAAUCUCUGUCACUGGAACAUGGAUCUUCUCCAUCAGAAGACCAAACAGAUGUAUUAUAUUGACUGGAACAGAGAUCUUGUCCGUCAGAAGUUCUGGAUACCGAGUCUUCCUCCCUGGAGCUGAAAAUGGACAUCAAAGAGACAGAGGUCUAUGAGCCCCAGGAAAUUCUGUCAGACUCGUUUGAGGAACAGUGUUCAUAGAAGUCAAAUGGCUUGACUACUAGGACGACUGCUCUGUCAGACUCCUCUGUAGAACAAUCUUCACCGUAGUCAGAUAGUUUGACUGCUAUGACCAGCUGAUCAGAUUACCUGGUGGCUGUAGUGGUGUUAUAAACCCCAAAGUCUAGUUCCCAGUCAGGCUCCUCCACUGGACACAGACCCCUGUUAGACUGGGAGGGGGUCAGGCUGGAUGAAGGGUGAAAAACAAAUACAUGAACCAGUCAGUCAGCUAUUAAAGACAUCAGUUUAUCAUUUGUUCUGUACUAGUGCCAACAUCACAGUCACUUACUAGUUUACUCUGCUGUGAGAGAGCUUGGUCAGGGGGCUCAUGGUGGUGAGUGGCUGCUGCACAGCUUCACAAGGGGAUAGUUUGGGAUCCCCAUCAGGACGCAGCAUCUUUUUAAAAAGAUUCUCAACGGCCACUCUGACCUCCCUUUCAACACUGCCUCCUUUUGGAUACAUCUGGAUUUGGAAACAGAGUAAGACCAAGUGAUCAGCUCUCACCUCUCAGUGACUGAGUAAUACCUGCUACUGAUUCACUUCAUCCUCAAACAACACAGCAGGAAAUACUUACAUUGUCCAGGUCUUCCAGAGAGCUGGACAGCUCCGUCACGCUGUUACGUUUCUCUGCUCUCAUGUUUUUUGCUGCUGUGUUUUCUUCGAAUGUCUGAAGGACCAAAACAUACAUGACAACUGUUUUAGAAGAGUUCUGAUGACAUAUUGUGAUGGAGCAGUCAAAACCCUGAGCAGGGAAAUAUGAUGAAAAGGAGUCCAAAGACCUACCUCUUGCUCAGCGUGGACAAUAAAGUCGAUGCCUUUUCUGAGGACGAUCACAGCUCCUGUCCCUGUGUUUAGUAAAACAGCAGAAAUUAAAAAGAUAUCUCUGAUCAAAUAAGUGUGAAAAUCAACACUGGCCUCAAGUAAGGUUUAUAGCAGGAUUAUAGCAGGAUUUUCAAAAAAAAAAGAUCUUUUACUGUUCUCAAAGCCUGGACAGAACGUGACACAGAGCUGAUCUGUCCAGUGUUACAUUUAAGGAACAGUUUAACAGUUAGAUUUUCAGUUUUAUACAUUUUGCUGACAGAGCAGAUACACUGACUUUGUCUGUGUUGAGUCGGUCUUACCUGAUGCCAUGUUGGUCGAAGUUCUCCGUUUGCUUCUGUGCUAUUUGAAAGUGAACCGUCAAAGUUGUGCUGUCAAGUGAAAUUAAAUGUUGCUCCUUCAGUCUUUGAGUGCUGAUGGUGGAAUGAUCCCUGA